AUGUUGAACGUCCAGAAAAAUCCAGUACCGCAUGUUAGUUUCUAUGUUGACAAUGCCGUUUUCCAGGUUGACAACACCAUCUUUAAAGUACCAUCACGCUAUUUCCACGAAAAUUCAGAAGCUUUUGGAGCAGCAUCCAAGAUAUCUGCAGGAAAUGCGAUCGGAGAAGGAUCAUCAGACGCGAAUCCUAUCAAGCUUUCCCCGUUACCUCAUGGUACAAAGGCAGAGGAUUUCGCACUCCUUGUGCAGAUCGUCAUGUCAUUUACGUUCAACCUCCCGGUUCCGACAAACUAUACCCUACGAGACUGGGUGUCAACUCUCAAGCUUGCUACUGCCUGGGAGUUCGAAGAUAUACGAACUGUAGCGAUCAAUUCGAUCACAGCGGGCCGAAGAGAUACUUCAAGUUAUGAUGAAUGGAUCGGAAUCCUCGAGUUUUGCUGGAACCUCCCUGGUUUCGCGGAACUACGAGAGCUGGCCAUCGGUCGUGUGUCCGGCUUGCAGAAAUGGACUCCGAUGCAGAAGAUUGAUAACGGACGUAGAUAUCGCGUUAGACAAUGGGUGUUAGAGGGGCUGAGAGAGUUGGCUGAUGCACCCAGUCUUCCAACUGCUAAGGAGAUUGAAAGUCUGGGAUUCCAGAUUGCGAUGAAUUUCUUUUUUCUUCGGGAAGAGGUCUUGAAACGAUGUUCGCGGUGUGCGAGGAUCCUGGAAUGUCCCAGUACUCAUCGCUAUGGUACGAAAGAGCGUUGCGAUCUUUCUCUUGUCGAGCAGUAUUUUGGACAGGAGCUCUCAAAGAUCGAGCCCCCGAUCCAUGUAAAGAAGACGCCGUGA